AGGCUCUGCACAGACCUGAACUGAAGGAUGACAAAGGGUCUGGACUCCUGGGUUCUCUCCCAGCUCUGGGAGAGGAGUGGGGACUAGUAGGUUAGAGUCAGGAGAGCCUGGGAAUCCUUUUCUGCUCACCACACUUAACCAGAACCUACGAUAGAACCCAGGAGUCCUGACAGAUAGAUCCCAUAGCUUUCCCCAUCUGUAGAAAAUCACAAGCACCCCUUGUCAAAUUUAACACCCAAAGCAGGUCAUGAAACAACCGGGGUCAGUGGACAAAACAACACCCCACGAAAACAAGGAACUACAGCCCCUCAACACAACCACCCCAUCUGCCCUUCCACUCUCAGACCCCUUCCCAUGAGCCCACCUACCACCCGACACCUCCACUCUGAGUCGCUAGGCACCAUCCCUUCUCCACCCACCCCUGUCCACAACCACGCUGUCAUCUGAGGCCUUGGGUUGCCAAUCUUCCACCAUUGUCCUGGAGACUCCAACAAUUCAGGGUUAAUCAUUAAUUAAGAUUUACAUCGUGGGAUGGAACCUCCAGGAAUACUCCAGCCAAAACUGGCCACCCGAGCUGGGGCUGAUUGGAGCGGCGGUGGGUGGGAGCGAUGGCACAUUGGCAUGUCUCAGUCAGCGGAGAUAAGUUCAUCCAAGAAAAUAGGACUUCCUGGAGGUAAAGGGAAACGAGGGGCAACCCCGAAAUGCAGCUGUUGACGGAGAAGAUUUUACCCACCUCCAGCCACACGUACAAUUUGGCAGGGUCGUUUUGGACAGAUAAUGGCUCCACAUUACCCCAAAUCCCCAUCACAACUACCCACAACCUGACAGCUCCUCUGAAUAUCGCUAGCCAGUGGUGUGGUGUAGCUAUCGGCCAACCAUUCAAGGUCGUGCCACUAAGGACAAUGUCUGGUUAGAAAUGUCUUGUGACAGAGCCGAUGAACAGGACGUGGAAAAUUGGGCCAGAUCGCCAACCCAGGGUGGGAAUUCAAACCCACUGGCCCCCCUGGUCUGAGAGCAGAGCAGGGAUUUGUGGUCCAGUGUAGGAUGCAGCCCUGGCAGGGGAGCUGUUCCUGGGGACCACCAGCAAGCCAGGAUGCUCCCGGAGAUGCCAGCUGCUGCUUGCUGCCCCCUCCACCAGGGCAGCCGGGCGGGGCAUCAGACCAGAUGCCCCAGCUCUAAACACCCCAACUGCCCCAGUCCAAGUAAGGGGAAUCCUCCUCAGUCAUAUGCAGUACAGGGGCUAGGAGACACAGAUGAAUGCGGCUGAUUCUAGGGGGCAGUGGGAUGUGUGCACGCACACACAUACGCACACACACACACCAGCCAGUCCCUCACACAGUGAAUAGCACAUGCUCAAACACACACACACAUCCGGCCCUUGUCCCUGGCUUCUCGCUGCAGCCAUCUCAGAGGCACUGACCACAAAACUUUCCACCACCCCUGGGGCUGAUGCUUCCGGAGGAUGCUGAGGCUGAGCUGAGCUGGCCCCACGGAGCCGCCCAGAGAGCGGGGACCAUGGAGCCACCACCAGCCCUGAGCCCUGUCUUCUGCAUUCUCCUCCUCAUCCCCACCUGGGAAGCAGGUCUCACAGUGCUUCAGAGCCCCGCUGUCCUCCGAGCGUCCCCCGGCGAGACCGUGAACCUCAGCUGCUCCUUCGAGAACAUUCCGGGCAGCAUGGCCAAAGCGACGUGGAACAGAGCGCCCGGAGUCGUGCUGGAUUCUGACCAUCCCUUCUAUAAAGGACGGCUCAAUGUCUCCCACCUGGAUCUGCUCCAGAAAGGGGAGGCCACACUGACCCUGUCGGAGUUGGAGGAGCGGGACUCUGGUCUCUAUCAGUGUCAGAUCAGCAUCCACCAGGGAGAGAGCGGGACAGGAGCGGGCACCGAGCUGCAGGUGACGGGGAGAAACCAGAGUGACACAGGUAAAGAACCUGCCCCCGUAGGGUGCUGCGCCCGGGAGCUCCUGUACCAGGUCACCAUCGCCUUGGGGCUCCUUCUCAUCCUUGGCUUGGUGGCCACCCUCCUCCUCAAGAGACGCCGAGCGCCGCCCCCCUCGAAGCCCCACCAGCAGCAGACAAAGGGCCAUGGCAGCCGGGGGGCUGAGGACAGCAAGAGCCUGCAUUACGCAGAGAUUAAAAUCCAGACUCCAGGACGCAGGGAACACACCUCCAACCACGCCCAGCGGCGCUGAGUCCCUCCGCACCCAUCACCACCUGAGUCCCUCACACUCAGAGCCACGCCGCCACGAGGGAAUUCCCCACAGGAGGAGACCCUCCCAGGGUUUGAGGGAGAGCAGAAGAAAAUUAUGGGCGUGAAGGUCCCUGUGAACCACAACAAAACCCAACUAGCCCUCUCUACGGCAGGGAAUAAUCGACUAGGGCAUGGAUCUACCCUCAGGAAAUGCCUUCUCCGUGGCCUCCUGAGAUAUAACUAUAUCACGUCCCUGUGUGUUAUUUCCCUGUCCUCUCGGAGUGAUUGCAACGCCUCCCUGUGGAGCGUGACCAGCUGGGGGUAAUUAACGCAGCGUCUGGUCCCUCUUCCUAACUGAGCACGAAGAGAAACGCUCGCCCAGCUCAGCAUCGUGUGGGCAGUGGAACUGGUCUGAGUGACCAGUCUGACAUCAUUUCUUUGUGUGAAAAAUUGUCUGUUUUCAGAGUUUUUUGAAAAAAUGUGUUUGGGUAAAAACUUUUGCUUUUUCUCCCUCACUCCCCUCUUCUCUUCAGUCCCCUUGUCAUGAUCCAAAAUCUUACAAACAUUUCUGAAAUUUUGCUUUUCAGAAAAUCAACUUUUUUCCCUAUGAAAAAAAAUGAUAUUUUCCUGAAAGUUUGAUAUUUUGUUCUGGAACAUGAUAUCUCCCCCCCCCCAUGAAAAUGUGUCAUUUAAUCCCUGAAAAUGGGGACACUUCCCUCCACCCCCACCCCCCAAAAAACCCAAUUUUUUUUUCAUGAAAAUCUUUUCUCCCCUGAAAACUGGAAUUUUGUCCCCUCUGCAAAGAUUAUUUGUUGUAAAUGAUGAGUGGGGGAAGAAGGGAAAAGAGAGAAAUAAGGAGGAACUAAAUAAAAAUCACUGAGGAAAAUCAA